AUGGCGGCCAUGAGAGCUUCUUCUGCUGCGGUGGCUCUGCUGCUGCUGCUUCUCUCGGUUGCGGCGGCCGCCGCAGCCGGCCGCCCGGCACGUAAAGAUCUCGGACUCGGACUCGGCCUCGGCCUGGGUUUAGGCCUCGGUGGCUCAGGCUCCGCCUCGGGAUCCGGAUCAGGCUCGGGGUCCGCUUCGUCCUCUGGUUCGGGUGCUGGCUCAUCUGCCGGCUCGUACGCCGGUUCUGGCUCAGGUUCUGGCGCAGGCUCGUCUGCCGGUUCGGGCGCAGGGUCCGGCGCAGGUCAAGGAAAUGGGAGCGGGUCCGGGUACGGAGAGGGACACGGGUACGGAGAAGGCCACGGUUCGGGAUCCGGAAACGGAGAGGGUUCGGGUUCAGGCUACGGUGAAGGCCAUGGAUAUGGAUCCGGAUCCGGAUCCGGUAGGGGUGGUCAUAAUUAA